GCCUUCUCCGGUGAUAAAUCGCAAGCAAAAAGAGAAAGCUGGGGGAGGAACCUGGGGAUUAAAAGAGAUUCAAGAGACAGCAACCAGUCACAUCUGAGCGCAUCUGAUCCCAAUCUUGAUUGGAUCAAACUGUUCGAAGUGUUUUUUGACCGGACACCAUUGGAGAUUUGAACACUGACUGAAUACGUGACGAUGUUAAAGAACUGUUGUUUCAAGAAAGAUACUAGUGAUUGACAAAGCGCAGAGACGCAGCCAACAGCAGGGGCCUUAUUAUGAAAUAGGGCCGGGGAGUAGGGGAGAAGAGACUGCCGGGAGUCUUACCCCCAGCUCGGCCAUCAGCUCACUCGAGUCCCUUCCUCUCCCCAGGCCUCGGUUUCCCCAUCUAGGGAAUGAAGCAGGUGGACCCAGUGUUUAACGUUGGCCUCCUUUUGCUUUGUCUUCACGUGGGCAGCCCUGGAGCCUUUACUCGGUGCCGCAUCAACCCCACCCUGUGGCCACAGCAGCGUAAAAGCAGCAGGAAGGCCGGUAGGCCAGAACCGCUGGCUCCUGCAGAACCUAGAAGAGGCCACCGCCCUGGGGCAACUCGCUUGAAGGAUCAAGCUGCAGGAUCCCAGGCGGGCUGGUCCAGUCCCGAGGGAAAGGAUAAACUUCACUUACUCACGAACCACGGGCACGAGUUAUCUGCUCACUGGGAUGCUUUGGCCUUGUUCUGAUAACUGGGCGUUCUGAUUCCUCAGGUGCUCAGAGGAGACCAGCAGCACGUCUGGGAGAUCCUCGGGACCACAGGCCCUCAGCUGCACCUUCUCCCCUCCGAAGAUGAUGAGGACGCUACUCAUGUCCUUGGCCAGCUGCCUCGUUGCCAUAAAUGAGGCCGAGCUCAUCAAUCGCUGUGACUUGGCCAGAGUGCUGCACAAGGAGGAUCUGGACGGGUUUGAGGGCUACUCCCUGAGUGACUGGCUGUGCCUGGCUUUUGUGGAGAGCAACUUCAACCUAUCAAAGGUAAAUGAAAAUGCAGACGGCAGCUUCGACUAUGGCAUCUUCCAGAUCAACAGCCACUACUGGUGCAAUGAUUACAAGAGUCACUCGGAAAACAUUUGCCACGAGGACUGCAAAGAACUGCUCAGCCCCGAUCUUCUCUCAACCAUCAACUGUGUGAAAAAGAUUGUGUCUGGAGCAGGGGGAAUGAAGAACUGGGUGGCAUGGAGGUUGCACUGUGCGGGCCGGCCACUCUCCUACUGGAUGACGGGCUGUCACAAGGAAUGAGACAGGCGUGGAGUCAUUCCAGCGUUCCUCUUCUCGCCUGGGGAUUCUUCAUGCCUUCUUCCUCUUGCCUCCACUUCACGUUAUUUUCUUUCCUUCCUGUGUUCAAAAAGGACUGACCGGAGCCCCAGGAAUAAAUGGUUUUCUAGGGCUUUCUCCUUGUACCCAUCCAGGCCCAGGCCCCUGGUUCCUGACUGUCAUUCGCAAACCAAGAGAGGACCACAGUGAAGAAGUUGUUAUAUUUGGGGAAUUGUGAAAGCAUUCCUUGUGCAAA